AUGCCUAGCAAGUCUGAGAAGGUCUUUUACGGUGAGGGCUUCAGUUAUGACGCUUGUAAAUGGCUCGAACACAUGUCGAGGGAAACUGGAAGGCACAUCCAUCACGCGCUGUGUGGGGAUGGAGGAGAACGAGUCAUACGCUAUGGCAAAAAGGAAAACCAAGUCUACCUUGUAGACGGCUAUGAACCUCAGACCAAGACAGUCUAUGAGGACUACGGCUGCAAGUGGCACGGAUGCCCCUGCCAAGGAACAAACACGAAUAAAUAUCGAUAUACGGCCACCAAGUCUAAGGAGGAAGGCAUCCGAAAACUUGGCUACAACCUCGUGACAGUGUGGGAGUCACCUUUACAUCAGCGGCAAACAUCCGAUCUAACAUACAUCUCGGAGCAUGUACCGGUCAGCGUCGCCAUUCACGAUAGUCUGAACUGGGAUCCAACGUUCCUGGAGGACGAUGAUCCCAAGAUCUUGGUUGAACGAUUUGUGGAACAGCUCGAAAAUAGACACGCCCUCAUCGUGAAAGAGGUGGAGAGAAUGUUCCCGAGACCCGAUGAUUUUGACAUGCUUCCAAAUAAGACUCAGAAGGCAUGGAACGAGUGGGUUAACCAAGUGGCCGUGAUCGGCUUCAACAGUGGCAACUACUACCGAUGGUGCAAGUCUCUGGAUUGCAAGCUCGAAAAGCUGGUGUUCCCAUACGAGUGGUUGACGAGCUAUGACAAGCUAAACCACGUCGGACCCGUGGCGUACGAACAAUUCUAUAGUUGUCUUAUUGGGAAAAACACCCUCUCUCUUGAUGAGUACGAAACAUUCCGUGCAGAGUUUUACAAGCGAGGCUGCGUCACCAUUAUGGACUGGUUGCGCGAGUACAAUCUAGCCGACGUGGAAUCCUUCAUCGAAGCCGUGGACAAGACAAGGCUGCAGUACUACGACGACGAGAUAGACAUUUUGAAAGACGCGGUAAGCAUUCCAGGCGUAUCGAUGCGCUACGUCUUGAACAAGUCUCUACGACUGAAUCCAAAGCUAGAGCUAUACGCGCCAGGAGAACCAUGCAAGCACAAGUGUGAAAGCAAACCGUGCAAAGGGGAGGGCUGCGAGGCGUGCAAGAAAGCUCGAGAACAGUGUAAAGAGUAUGAGGGUAACGUUUGCGAGGUGUGUAACGGCAGGCCAUGCGAGGGUUGUGGUGGAAAGAGAAAGAAAGGUGAGAAUUGCGAGACGUGUAAGGGGAAAAAGUGCAAGACAUGCAGGCGGGAAAAGUGCAAGACAUGCAAGGUAAAAUGUGCAGGGGGAUGCAAAGAAAAAAGUUGCAAGGCGUGCAAAAAGGUGCAAAAGGCUUGCACUGAGUGCACGAAAAAUGAGGCCUACGAGCUCUUGCAAACGGGCAUGGUCGGUGGGCCUGCCAUCGUGUUCUGUAGGUACCACGAGAGAGACGUGACGGGUAUAAGAUCCCACAUCUACCAGAAGCCACGGAAGUGCAAAACUGUUUUUGGGCUUGACUUGAGCAUGCUGUAUCCGAGUACUUUGAUGCAAGACUAUCCUUGUGGGAAGGAGAAGCUGAUCAAGGUGCCUACACCGACAGCGAAACACAAUCUCGAGCUACUAACACAAGGUGUGCAAAAUGGAUCCCUCUUCGGUUUUGCGCAGGUCGACAUCGAAGUGCCGAAGGAACUGCAUGAAAAUUUUAGCGAAAUGUCUCCGCUAUUCGUGGUCAAGGAGAUACCCUUAGACCAGAUUCCAGAGCACAUGCACGAGUGCAUGACCGCCACAGGGCGAAAGCGUAUGCCUGGUACACAUAAGCUCCUAGGGUUGAUGAAAGCUGAAAAGAUCUUGCUGUACACACCCUUGCUCAAGUGGUACCUUGACCAUGGCCUGAAAGUGACUGCUUUUCACCAAUUCAUCAAGUACACUCGAGGUAAGCCAUUUGCAUGGUUUCCGAAAGAAAUUGCGGAUGCACGACGAUACGGCGAUACGGCAAAGCUGAAAGGGAACUCGUUCUAUGGGAAAAUGAUCGAAGAUCUAGCGAGGCACGCGAACACCACCUUUACGAGAGAUAAAAAGUUGGAUGCAGCGAUGAGAUCGCCAUACCUCGAAGAUCUUGAAGAAAUAGGAGAUGCGUACGAGAUCAGAGAAAGCAAACACAAGGUGCAUAUCUACAGAGCGUACCAGUGCAGUAUUGCGGUGUACCAGCUGGCCAAAUUGCGCAUGCUUGAGUUCUAUUAUGACUUCAUCGACAAUGCCUAUUUUGCCAUCUCUGGAGAAGAGUUGCGAGAUGUCGUUCGCCCUGAGCUGCUUGACGAGUACGACAAAGACGUAAAAAAAUGGCUCGUCACCGAUAACUACUCGAGUCGAACAGGAGGUCUGUUUAAGCUUGAGUUUAUAGGUUUUAGAAUGAUCGCUGACACAACCAAGUGCUCUUUCGUCGAAGGGAAAGAGGGCACAAAGUUUUCGUGUAAGGGGAUGUCGAAGAAGCAGAACGCUAUGACAUGGGAGAGGUAUAAGAAUGAAUGGCUCUAUUGGCACUGCGAAAAACCCUAUAUACGAAGCUCGAAUUAUAGUAAAAUUGUGGGAGCAGGCUUAGGUCCUGGCGGAAGGAGCAAGUACGCUAAGCCUGCAAAGCAGGACAGCAUUGAAAAAACACCUCGGAUAUGGUGA